AUGUGUGGGCCAGAGAAAAGAUCAAGAGGGGAUGGACAUUUGGACUCAGUGAGUUUGUCGACUCCUCCCAGAAACGUUCACCACAUCUGGUACCGUACGAGGAAGUUGAUAAUAGAAUCAAGGAGGCCAAUAAGGAAUCAGCCGCUGAAAAUCUUCCGAGCCCUCCAACUAUUCGGCAUUUUCAUUGAGCCUCCUGCACACGAACACGACGAGUAUGCUGAAAAAGAGAUGCGAGCCCGCAGAGACCUUGUGCGUACAUAUCGCGCUGAAGCAACGUAUGCGGUGACCAAGUGGCAAAUGGUAACCAUCUUAAUAGCCUUUCACUUCCACAUAGCGGUCAGCAUACCUGAACAUUACAGGUACUUCGAAUUCGAAAUCCUGACAGCUGGGUUCAUGAAGAUCGGUUGGAUGGACGUUGGAGCUUCGCCAGACAUUCAACUUGGCCAUGAUGAUCGAGGAUAUGCCUUUGAUGGCUACCUCGGGCGCAAAUGGCAUCAAGGUGCAGAAAGUUACGGCAAGGAAUGGAAAAUUGGUGACGUUGUCGGUUGCUUCUUGGAUCUCAACGACCGGACUAUUAGCUUCUCACUCAACGGAGAACUGCUCCUGGACCCAUCCGGUUCCGAGAUGGCAUUUGAUAACGUGCUUUGUGGUGACGGUCUCGUUCCAGCAAUGUCUCUUGGAAGUGGUCAAAGAGGUUACUUUACUUGUUGUACUCUAUUUUUCCCCUUCAAG